UCGCGGUCCCGGCUUUCAUUAUUGGCAUUCUGGAGUACAAUGGAUUUGACAAUUUCGAUACCAUGGCAGAAUAUAGGGAGAAACUGCACUUGGAACCUUUACAAGUAUUUUGCCAAACUGCACUAGUGCAAAUUGCUGCCAAAGAUUCAGACCAUAGUGUUAAAAGAAAAAAGGAGUACUUCGGUCCAUACUUCCUAGUACCUGAAUGUUUUAUAUUUGCCGAAGGUCACAAAAUAACAUUGCAAAAGAUCUCUGACAUUUGCCAGAACCACACCAAGAGUAAGAAGAAAUUGGAGCAACCUGAGCCAAAAACCCCCAAACCCCCAAAACAUUUUAAAACUAAUGUAGCAGCCCAAGCAAGAUCAACUCCACGCUCCUGAAAAGGUUCUGGUAGUGGGCAGCCUGACAAUGAGCAGAGUCACAUCUGUGAGAAGAAUAAAUUGUUGUCACGGAUUUUUACGUCUACACAACCAAUGCAAAACCUUUUACAAAAAGAACUACUCCGUAAGCCAGAAGUGUCAAUUAACACAGAAACUGGGAAAUUAAAAGCUUUAUCUGCUUAUCUGCCCUAUUUGCACAAAUCUGGUAUACGAGAGGCUAUUGAUUUAUUAACUGCAGUUUUCCAUGGAACAAUAAAACAUUCAGAAAGUUCUAUCUGUUACACCAUGACGACUACGACUCUUUAAAAUACUUCCUUGUAUGGCAAAGUUCAAGGGAAAUUCUCAAAAUCACACCAAAAUUACUUGAAAUCGUUGGAAGUCUCAGGAAGUCAAUGGAAUUCCUAUGAAUUCAGAAGACAUUUAACGGAAAUCAAUGGAAAUCAUGUGAAAUCUCGCGAAAUCAGUGAAUUCACUUGAAAUCUUUGAAAUCCGUGGAAAUCACCUGGAAUCAUGUGAAAUCUUUGAAAUCCGAAAAUCAGGUGUACAAAAUUUUUCGGAGUUGUGGGCCCCUCGACCAGCCCCUUCACGCACAGGAGAGAGGGACCACAGCGCCCCUUUCACCCUGGCCGGGGGCCGUCCCGCCCCGUCGUCGCGCCGUGGUCCGCGGGGACCCUGGGCCGAGUCACCAACGACAUCCUGGUGGACUCCCUGCCCGGGCCGCGUCUUCCCGCGGC